AAAAAAAUUAUUGACAUAAUGAAUGAAGUGCAUAAUAAACCGGAUGAUGUCACAACCAUAUCAAACGGAAGCGAUUUCGAAACGGCCAUAGCCGCUUGCGGUUUCGGUGCAUUCAAUGUGGUAUUGUUAUUGGUCUCAGCAUUAAGUAUUGUGGCGACAGUGUUUACCAGUUCUACUAUCUCUUAUAUAUUGCCAACGGCCGAAUGUGAUUUGCACUUAAGUUUAAUAUAUAAAGGUCUACUUAAUGGUAUAGCGUACGCAGGUAUGAUUAUAUCGGCCAUACCGUGGGGCUUUGUCGCCGAUACAAUUGGACGCAGACAAGUGAUGAUAAGCGGUUUAUUGUUCGAUGCAAUCUUUGUUACAUGUUGCGCUUCAAGCCAAAACGUUCAACAAUUGUUGACAUUUAAAUUUUUUGAUGGGGCAGCCGUUAGCGGACCAUUCGCCGUGGUAAUGUCUUAUUUAUCUGAAUUUCAUGGCUUUAAACAUCGACCGCGCAUUAUGAUGAUCAUUGGUAUGAUGAAGUCUUUGGCGACUUUAAUUUUACCCAUCAUUGCUUAUGUCAUGCUGCCUUAUCACAUAGCUUGGCGUACUGAUUAUUUGCGGUUGCAUACCUGGCAUUUUUUUCUAAUGGUUUCCGCUAUCCCGACGCUUUUGGGUGGUGUUCUCAAUAUAUUCCUACCGGAAAGCCCAAAAUUUUUAAUGUCACAGGGACGUAAUGAAGAUGCUCUAAAAUCAUUUCGAGUUGUUUAUGCAAUGAAUAAAAGGAAACCGAAAUCCUCUUAUCCGAUCACUCAAUUAGUGGAUGAAGAUCCUGAAAAGUCACAGUUAAAUAAUUUACGUAAUAGUGAAGAAUAUAGAGCGAAUAUCAGAACUUUAGCUGAUAAACGUAAAGAAGCUACGAAACGUUUUCUCGAAGGGCUUAAACAAAUGCAGCCUAUGUGCGCGAAACCGUAUUUCGGUCUAUCCGUGCAAGUGUAUUUUAUGUUAUUUUGCAUACUCUUAAGUUUAAAUACGAUACGUUUAUGGUUACCCCAACUAUUUGCAACGAUGGUAGAAUACGAGCAAAAGAAAUUGGGCGUAGGCAGCAUGUGCGCUAUACUUAAUUAUAGCUUGGAAAAAACGAAACUAUUACAGAAAGAAAAACCCACAGAUGAAUGCGAUGUGCAUAUAACGCCCGAUUCUUAUACUAACAAUAUUAUAGUAGCGGGCUCAUCAUUUUGUGGUUACUUUAUAGCCACUUUUACGAUUAAUCGAGUUGGUAGUAAUAAUGUUUUAAGAGUAACUCUUGCAAUUGGUUUUGUAUCUGGUAUUACUUUAUAUUGGUCAUACUCUUCCGUAAUGACCUUAGUAAUUGCUUGUGUAUUUAUAACAGCUCUUGGCGUAUCAUCAACUACCCUAAUUGGAGUAUCAGUUAACUUAUUUCCCACUAGUAUGAGAACUAUGGUAGUCAUUAUGUGUAUGACAUUUGGACGUUUCGGCUCACUAUUAGGUAACUUGUUGUUUCCUUACUUUAUAUCGUUGGGUUGUAUUCCGCCGUUCGUUUUCAUUGGUACCAUAAUGUUUUGUAAGUAA